AUGAAAGAGGCAUCGAGCGGCGCGGUGUGUCCGGAUGUAAAGCCGGAGGCGAGAGCAUCCUCAUCCUCCGCCGCCGCCGCCGCAACAACAACACUAGCAGCACCGCCAUCUCCGGAGCCGUCCUACGCGGCCGCCGCAGCAGCGAGGGCGUCGAUCGAGGCUGGAGUCUCGGAGGUGGAUAAGGAUUUGCUGUGCCCGAUUUGCAUGCAGAUUAUCAAGGACGCCUUCCUCACCGCCUGCGGCCACAGCUUCUGCCACAUGUGCAUCAUCACUCACCUCCGGAACAAGAGCGAUUGCCCUUGCUGCGGCCAUUACCUCACCAGCAAUCAGCUCUUCCCUAAUUUCCUGCUUCAGAAGCUACUGAAGAAAGCUUCCUCUAGUCAAUUGUCGAAGAAUGCGAGCCCGGUGGAGAAAUUUCGGCAGGCUUUGCAACAGGGAUGCGAAGUUUCAAUUAAGGAGCUGGACUCUCUUUUGUCUCUCCUUGCCGAAAAGAAGAGGAAAAUGGAACAAGAAGAAGCCGAGAGAAACAUGCAAGUACUGCUAGAUUUCCUGCACUACUUGCGGAAGCAGAAAGUUGAUGAAUUAAAUGAGAUCCGAACCGACCUUCAGUAUAUUAAGGAAGACAUCGAUGCAGUUGAGAGGCAUAGGGUUGAUUUGUAUCGUGCUAGAGACAGGUACUCAAUGAAGCUGCGCAUGCUUGAUGAUCCCAUGGCAGGAAAACCCUGGUCUUCAACCAUAGAUAGGAACCAUGGUAGCAUGAUGAGCAGCUCGUUUAGUUCAAGAGGUGGCAUGGCCAUAGGCGAUCUGGCAACCAAGAAAACAGAGGGGAAGUCUCAACUAAGUUCUCAGGGAUUUCAGAGGAAGGAUAAUUUAAGCAGCUCUGACAUUCAACAUAAUCAGUCAGGGUUAUCCGUGAUGAGGAAGAAACGGGUCCAUACACAGUUUAAUGAGCUGCAAGAAUGUUAUCUCCAAAAGCGUCGCCAAUUUUCAGAUCAUCCUCCAAACGUUCAAGAGAGAGAUAAGAAUAUCAUACAAAGAGAGGGCUAUACUGCUGGUCUCCAAGAAUUUCAAUCAGUUCUCAGUACCUUCACCCAGUACAGUCGGUUAAGGGUUGUCGCUGAGCUCAGACAUGAGGAUAUCUUUCACUCAGUGAACAUAGUAUCAAGCAUAGAAUUUGAUCGCGAUGAUGAGUUGUUUGCCACAGCUGGAGUUUCUAGACGAAUUAAAGUUUUCGAUUUCUCUUCUGUUUUAAAUGAACCUGCAGACGUCCACUGCCCUGUUGUGGAGAUGUCAACGCGCUCCAAGCUUAGCUGCUUGAGUUGGAACAAGUAUGCCAAGAACCAUAUAGCUAGUAGUGAUUAUGAGGGAAUAGUAACCGUUUGGGAUGUGACAACUAGGCAGAGUGUAAUGGAAUAUGAAGAGCAUGAAAAACGUGCAUGGAGUGUUGAUUUUUCUCGCACCGAGCCUUCAAUGCUUGUUUCUGGCAGCGAUGAUUGCAAGGUUAAAGUUUGGUGCACAAAUCAAGAAGCUAGUGUUCUCAAUAUUGAUAUGAAGGCAAACAUCUGCUGUGUCAAGUAUAAUCCUGGAUCAAGCAAUUUCAUCGCAGUUGGAUCGGCAGACCAUCACAUCCAUUACUAUGAUUUAAGAAAUAUCAGCCAGCCACUCCAUGUGUUUAGCGGGCACAAGAAAGCCGUUUCUUAUGUCAAAUUCUUGUCAAACAACGAGCUUGCUUCAGCAUCUACUGACAGCACAUUAAGGUUAUGGGAUGUUCAGGACAAUGUUCCGGUUCGUACAUUCAGGGGCCACACCAACGAAAAGAAUUUUGUUGGCCUCACAGUGAACAGCGAGUACAUUGCAUGCGGCAGCGAGUCAAACGACGUCUUUGUUUACCACAAGGAAAUUUCCAAACCCGUUACAUCUCAUCGAUUCGGUUCGUCCGAAAUGGAUGACCCCGAUGAGGACGCAGGAUCUUACUUCAUUAGCGCCGUGUGCUGGAAAAGUGAUAGUCCGACGAUGUUGACCGCGAAUAGUCAAGGUACGAUCAAAGUACUAGUUCUUGGCGCUUGA